AGACUUGCCUUGCACUCCUUUGCAUUGCCCCAGAUGAGGUAUCUGUGGUGUUGCCAGAGAUUAUUUUUGGACCCCAACCCCCCACCUUGUCCCAGCUGAGGUCUCUGUGCUGUGGCGGGUGGAGGCUGUGGGUCCGAUGGAGUCCCAGUAGAGCUAUGAGGAGCUGUCCCCACCCCCAGUGCUGAACACAGAGCUGCUGUCAGCCUUCCAUUCCAUGCAUUUGGUGGCUAGCAGCCUGGAGACAGGAGGAUUAGAGGCUCCCGGCCGGGGUGGGGGCUUGCUCAUUCUACAGCUCGCAGACACAUGCAAGGGGGACUUUGUGCUGCAGACCGGGCUGCAAAGGGGGACAAUAGGCUGCAUUCUCAACUGUCCCCUCCACCACAACAGGAACCAUCUCCUUCUGCUCCAUGAGAGAUCUCUCAGCUCAACUCAUGCACAAAAGAGAGAAAAGUUUUGGUAUACAAAUGCUUUCAGUUCAGCCAGACACGAAGCCGAAAGGUUGUGCUGGCUGCAACCGUAAAAUUAAGGACCGUUACCUGCUUAAGGCCCUGGAUAAGUAUUGGCACGAGGACUGUCUGAAGUGUGCCUGCUGUGAUUGCCGACUUGGGGAAGUUGGGUCAACCUUGUACACCAAAGCCAACCUCAUUCUGUGCCGAAGGGAUUACCUAAGAUUGUUUGGGGUGACUGGAAAUUGUGCUGCAUGCAGCAAACUGAUCCCCGCCUUUGAAAUGGUCAUGCGAGCGAAGGACAAUGUAUAUCACCUUGAUUGCUUCGCGUGCCAGCUUUGUAAUCAAAGGUUUUGUGUGGGAGACAAAUUUUUCCUUAAGAACAACAUGAUUUUGUGCCAGACAGACUAUGAGGAAGGUUUAAUGAAGGAAGGGUAUACAGCCCAGGUUCGCUGAUCGGACGCAGAGCAACUCCAUCCUUUCUCUUUUUUUGCGCAUCAUGUAAAUAAGGAUUGACACGCAUAGUUUAAUUAUAGGGAGAUCUCAAUGAUUUAUCUGGAAUAAAAGGUGGACUUUAAUGUGUCCGUAAACUGAAAUAAAUGUUUAUAAUGAUCCUGUACAGAAUUGGCAAGAUAUUUUGUUUUGCUGUUUUGUCGCCUGCUGGUUUUUUUUUGUCUGUUUGCUUCUUCUGUCAAUCGGCAUGAGAUGUUUAUUUUGAGAAACGACUGUACAUAAUGUAUUGUAAAAUUUGAAGCACAAAUGUAAUACAGUUUUAUUGUGUUACUAUUUGUCUUCCCGUUUAUUUCUUUGUAUUGUUACCUUUAGUAAAAGCUUUGUUUAAACUCUGUAUAUUUAUGCUUUCUGUAUUUUCAGCUAUUUUAAAUAAGCUGUAACUUUCUAGUAAAAAAAAGUAUUAAACAGUAAAACAUGUUGGUUGUGAAAAGCUAAACAUGUUCUACUUCAAACCAUU